AUGAAAAGGCCCGUCAGUUGUAAGGACAUUGACCUUAUCAACUGUCCCAAGUGGGCCUUUUAUGGUGAAUGUGAAACAAGCUCAUGGAUGAUAGAUAACUGCGCGAAGAGCUGUGGAGUCUGCGAUAUCUUUUUUUGUUUAGCCGUCAGUUGUAAGGACAUUGACCUUAUCAACUGUCCCAAGUGGGCCUUUUAUGGUGAAUGUGAAACAAGCUCGUGGAUGAUAGAUAACUGCGCGAAGAGCUGUGGAGUCUGCGGAUGCAAAGACGAGUCUACCAGUUGUCCCGCAUGGUCAACAGGUGGUUAUUGCCACACGAACCCUGACUUCAUGUUGGCGAACUGCCAGUUAAGCUGUAAAGUAUGCGGUUGCAAGGACCUCGAUUCUUCGUGUCCUUCGUGGGCGCAAAUCGGAGAGUGCGGCAAAAAUCCUUCUUUUAUGUUGGAAAGUUGUUGCCAUUCUUGCCGAUGCGAGAAUUGGGACAAGACUGAAAGCUGUGACGCAUGGGCGUCCCUUGGUAACUGUAAUUCAAACUCUGCCUACAUGCUUAAUUACUGCAAAAAAAGCUGUGCUGUAUGUUAGAGACGGGCUAAGGCAUCGGGCUGGGUGCUGCUAUUUGUAGGAAAUCAUAUGAAGGAGAGUAUAUUUUGUGAGUGAGGUUUUAAAAGUUCUUAAAAUUACACAAACUUUGAGCACAGUUUAAGAACUUUAAUAAGCCACAAAUCACGAAAUGCACGAGCAAUUCAUAUGCGAUUUUGUUUAUAAUAUCCUCAACGAAAUUUGGCCUCACCCAAUACGCU